GUGCGCCUGUGUGCAGCUGCCACAGGGCUAGCACCUUACAUAAAGUACCUUUUAUACCCUGUUAGUAGUACAGUGUGGGUCCAAAAGUCUGGAUCCAAACCCCCACCCAAUUUAAGCACGCGACGCGACCGCGUUGACUACCAUGAUAUUUGACCUGCUACCAUUCCUCGCCAUGACGCUAGAUUUAGCUGAUUUCGCAGCCAAAAUGGCCUCCAGAAGGCAGCCGAACCAGGAAUUAUCGCCAGAGCUUCGUGCAACCAUUUGUACACUCAUUGCCACCGGCCGGACUCAGCGUGAGGUUGGGGAGCUCUUUCGCGUGUCAAAGAAGGCCGUCCAAGGCGCAGUUCAACACUUCGAAACUCACGAAUCUUUCCACUCCAGACCUCGGAGUGGGCGUCCUGAGGUACUUACGCGGAGAGAGGAGCUGUAUAUCCUAACUCUCAUUAAUGUGACGAACCUGUCUCUGGACCCGUCCUGUUAGGGUUCAGUAUCGGUCGAAGGUAUUCUCUCAAGGGUGCUUAGGUUCGGUGCAGCCAA